AUGUCGGAGCCCAGUGAGGACGCGCGCGCGCCCCCCGACCACGCCGACGCCGAGCGCCCGGCCGGGGAGGCCCCGCGGGCCGCCACCCAGGACGGGGAGCCCGGAGCCGCGCCGCCGCCGCCGCCGCCGCCGCCGGCCGCCGCCGAGGACGGGGACCCCAAGGCCCCGCCGCCGGCCGCCGCCGGGGAAGGCCGCGCCCCGCAGGGCCCCGUGGCCGCGCAGCCCGGGCCGGGCGCGCCGGCGCCCGCGCAGCUGGUGCAGAAGGCGCACGAGCUCAUGUGGUACGUGCUGGUGAAGGACCAGAAGCGCAUGGUCAUCUGGUUCCCCGACAUGGUGAAGGACGUCAUCGGCAGCUACAAGAAAUGGUGCCGCAGCAUCCUGCGGCGCACCAGCCUCAUCCUGGCGCGCGUCUUCGGGCUGCACCUGCGCCUCAGCAGCCUGCACACCAUGGAGUUCGCGCUGGUCAAGGCCCUGGCGCCCGCCGAGCUGGAGCGCGUGGCGCUGGGCAACCGCAUGCCCAUGACCGGCCUGCUGCUCAUGAUCCUCAGCCUCAUCUACGUGAAGGGCCGCGGCGCGCGCGAGAGCGCCGUGUGGAACGUGCUGCGCAUCCUGGGGCUGCGGCCCUGGAAGAAGCACUCGACCUUCGGCGACGUGCGCAAGCUCAUCACGCAGGAGUUCGUGCAGCAGAACUACCUGAAGUACCAGCGCGUGCCCCACGUGGAGCCCCCCGAGUACGAGUUCUUCUGGGGCCCCCGCGCCAGCCGCGAGAUCACCAAGCUGCAGAUCAUGGAGUUCCUGGCCCGGGUCUUCAAGAAGGACCCCCAGGCCUGGCCGUCCCGCUACCGGGAGGCGCUGGAGGAGGCCCGGGCGCUGCGGGAGGCCCAGUCCCCCGCCCACUGCCCCCGCGGCGGCCCGGAGGAUUAGCCAGGUGCUCGCCGCCGGCUCCCCGACCUGCGCGGGCCGCGCGCGGGAGGGGUGGGCGCGUUCGAAUCCGCGGGCCUGGCAGUGCAGUAUUUCACGUGUUAACUUGGAAGUUUCCAGUGCCCCGUGCUUUUCUACCUUCCCAGGCAAUGUUGUUGAUUCCUUUCCACCCUGUCUCGUAGUAUGUACGACUUAUGCAUGUGCAGUUCUAAGUCCGGCCCCCACCCUCCACCCGUCGGUGCUUUUUUCGCUUCUGUAUCUCAAAGUUUUAUGAGUUUCUGAUUUGUUUUCUUCUUUUGUACCAGAGAUGUGCUAACCCCGAAAGAAAUACAUUGAGAAAUUUUCCAUCUACUUCUUUUAUACGGGGCGGAUCGUGGGUGUUGGGGUGGAGGGCGCCUGGGGAGUUGAGAAGGGAGUUUGGAAGGACCUGCCCAGCAAAACUGGCCUAGCCCCUGGCAAGGUCAAGCACCCCCCCCCCCCAUUCUUUGUGAACUUGUUGGGCCGCAGGAACAUCUGUGCGGAGUGAAGCAGUCUCGAUGUGGGUACUUGGCACACUUUACAAAUACAACCCCACCAUGAGUAAACUUGGAAGUCAACAUUAAAGAUUCUUGUGAUACAAUCA